GGAGACAUGGUUUAUAACUUCUACAGCCUCGCGGAGAACGAGGUACUGAGUUUCGCCGGCGACGGAAAAUCAGAACUGCCGUUGCCUUACGAAAAUGCCGAGUUUGUCGGAUGCUCGCACGGAUGGAUCGCUUUGUUCGACAACAGCAACUCCGAUCUGUUUCUCUUCAACCCAAUUAACAACUACGGCUGCGUAACCAACGUCAUCAUUUCCUCAUCCCCCGACGAAGAAGAAAAACACUGCCGCGCAAUGAUUACUUACGGCGUCGAAGACAGGCUGGCCUUCUGCUGGCCUGGCCGGAGCUUGGACUGGACUCCCAUCGGAAAAUAUUCCUCCACCACCUCCGAAAUCAGGUCAUACAAAUCAUGUGUCUACUCCACAAACCAAAAACUCUUCUUCUCAAUCACAUCAGAAGACGAGUUCGACGCGUGGGACCUACGCGACCACAGGUAUCCACGUAGGAUCCCAAUGGAUGACGUGGCAGUUGACUACGGUCAAACCUUCCUCGCUUCAAUGGACAACCACGAAGCCGAGAUCGGCUACCUGAGAUUCCUCGUUGUAUCCGACCACUCCGACGAACUCUUUCUCGUGAGGCGUUUCGUCAUGGAGCGAGUGAACUCAGAUGAUGACUCGGACGAUGUUCCGUACAAGACUAUCGGUUUCGAUGUUCAUAGAUAUUGUUCAAAGGGUAGAUUAUUCAAGUACAUGGAUAAGGGCUCGUUGGAUGGAUUGGCGUUUUUUAUCGGUAUUAAUCAUGGGUUUGCUUUGUGCGCCGAUGAUUAUAUCGGAUUGAAGCCUAACUCUAUUUAUUUUACCGACACGUAUAGCCCACCGGAUAGGUGUGGAAACACGUACGGUGGGCAUGAUAUUGGUAUUUUCAGCUACGAAGACGGUACGGUGUCACCGUGUUAUUAUCCGUGUGAUGUCGGGAGCAUACAAAGGAUUUCACCAUCACCUAUGUGGUUUACCCCAAAUGUCCCGAUUUAGAUUUAUUUUUCAAUUUUAUUUGUGGGUUUUUUCGGAGAAUUCUUGCCAUGUUAUAAUCUAUUUUAGCCCAUGCAAUUAAAAAAUUAUCUAAAUAAAAAUGGAGUUAAAAGUUAGAAGCAGCAGUCUCAUUUGUUUAACCAGCAGUUUCGAAAUAUCAAAAUUGGGCGAUGCAGGUGAACGAUAAUUGUUUUUGUAAUUUGCCUUUUCACCAUUUCACCAGAUGCCACUAUAACUCGAUUUUUAUUUUACGCAAAUGUACUCGAGUUUCGAAAAUACCCAGCAUCAUCUGCCGAAACAUUACAUUCAACAAUCAAACUGAACUAAAAUCAAAAAAAUAAUUUAGAAACAAACAUCCAAGCAAAUUCUCUACGCCACCUAACAUUUUUCCAAAUCAAAA